AACCUCCGCUAUAAUCUUUAUCCAGCAGUAGCACCGACUGAGUGCCAACUGUGCACAUAACCUAACCCAACCAAGAUCUACCUGUCAAAACAAAUGUUAAUUGUAGUUCCCAAUAAAUAUUCUGCUAUUAUCGUAGAGCAGAAGACAAAAUGUGGGCGUGAUCGUGUUCAUUCACUGUCAUAUUCUUCGUAAACUUCAUCAUGACUUUGACUCGGGAGCUCAUCGAGGGAUACUUUUCGUCAGAAGAGUGUCGUUGACUAUUGUCGUAAAACUUAAUUUAUUCUUACUGUUAAUUUUGUUUAUUUCUGGACGAGAAUGGUUCCACCUCCUGUAGUAACUGGGAUAUCACCCAAGGAAGGUCCUCCAGGCACUAGAGUCACCGUUCGUGGUGAAUUUCUGGGAAAUAGAGCACAGGAUUUGAUAGGAUUGACAAUCUGCGGUUGCGACUGUCUUCUCUCCGCGGAAUGGAAGUCCCCGAACAAGAUCGUAGCGCGUUCAGGGCCCUGCAAGGGCCGUGGUGACAUAAUUGUGACAACUCGGAUGGGAGGUCAGGGUUCCUCGACAGUUCAGUUCCGUGGGUACCACGAGACCAUCGGUCCGAUGAAAGAGUCCGCUGUUUGGGUUGAAGAGGCCCCAGUGCAGAGCUUCGUCUGGGGUCGCAGGGCACUGUCCCCCACAAACUACCAGCAGGAGGACCCCUUGGGCCUCAGUGUGGAAGGCAACGACACCAAGAAAUUCCCAGAGGAUGACCUCUGCGAGCUUUUCGGGGAGAGCAAUGGUGAACUGACCUCAGAGAAGUUCCACCCAGGGUGGUUCCUCCUUCAGCAUCAUCAUGCCACAUCCCUGGACGAUCUGAAGGCGGGACUAGCCUACCUCCGGCGUAAAGUCAAUUCUCAGAAGGAGGGACAGCUCUCAUUCCUGAAGGCCAACGUAGGGUCAGUCAUGGAGCAGUUGGAGACUAUUGUCCUGCUCAAGGAGCAGUUUGAGGCAGACGUCAGGAAAUUUGGAGACGAUCCCACUGUGAAACUCGAGCUGGCGAUCAAAACAUCCAUGGAGGAAGCAAAUAAACUUUUUGAUGAUGUAUUGGCUAGGAGGGAUAGAGCGGAUGCCACCAGAAGUGCUCUCUCAGUCAUGCAGCGUUACAGAUUCCUCUUCUGCAUGCCUGUGAAUAUCGAGAAGAAUAUAAAGAGGGGAAAUUAUGAUUUGGUCAUUAAUGAUUAUGCCAGAGUGAAAAAUCUAUUUGGUAAUACUGAUGUUGAAAUAUUUAAAAAGGUCCUAGUGGAGAUUGAGAAGAAGAUAGACAUGCUACGCGAUAUUCUUAGAAAGAAAUUAGAGGAGAUUCCCUUCGCAUUGGAGAGACAGAAGAAAAUCAUUCGACAUUUGGUGAAUCUCGAGGCGGAGGGAGAUCCCGCCUGGGAGGCCAUCGUUUCCCACGCUGCCUAUUUAGACAAAAACAUCUCAGGAUGUCUGCAAGACUACUUCGCAGACAAUGGCCACGAGGAGGGGGUGGGCAGGCAUAGAGGCAACAAUUUAACGCCUAUUUCUGCUGAUCGGUUGAGAAUGUUCAGGAACGAUGCUAAUUGUAAUGUGCCUUCCAGAGUGUUAUGUAUUGAAGCUAUUUGCGACGUUGUGGCUGAGCAGUUGCCUGAUUUAUGGAGAUUGGGCCAGAGUUACUUCACUGGACAGCUACAUGUGGCUGUGGACAUCGAGAAACAAGGACCUUUCAAGAACCUCGUGCUGAACUGCAUUCAGAGGGCCAGUGAGGCCAUGAAGGAGAGCUGUGGAAGAGACCUGACACCUGCUUGGCUGAUGCACAGUCUGAGAUGUGUCAGGCAAAUGUAUGCUGCUCUUAUUCAUCUGGAUUUGCCGAGUGAAGCGCUCGAUAUUUUUGGAAAAUUUUUGUUUGAUCUUAGAUUGCAAUGUUUGGUAGCUCUUUUCAAACAAACUGCUGAAAACGUUGGAGCCUUACAGAGGAAGGAAACCUGGCAAUUAGAAUAUUUGCCCAACGAAGAUGGUGGAGUAACAAAACUACCAUGCUUGUUCGAAGAAAUGGUGAUGGAGGUGUCUGAUCUUGCUCGAGAAACUGCCAUUGCAUGUGGACCUAGGGAAACACCACUCCUAGAUAAUAUCGCACCUCAAGCUCUCUUUCAUAAUUCAGUCAAGACACUCUUCGUAGCAUUUUCCCGGUGUCUACAACAAUUAGCCUUCAGUGGUAGUGAAGAGGCUAAUGAUGAGGAUGAUGUUUCCCAGCUAGUGAGCUCACCUGCAGUCUACAGAUCCAGGGAAAAGCAAAGAGGACCUGCGACUCCGACAUGGGAGAAGUGUUUGCUGAUAACCCUCAGUAAUAUUCGAUAUACCAUGAAUACUGUGCUGCCAAGAGUAGUGGAGGCUUUACAGUCUAAGGGAUAUCCAGAUUUGUCGUCUGCUGAUGGUUGGAGAAAAGACUGGACGCAGUUGGAGACUCUGGACACUGCAGUGUUGGACGCCUAUCUUGAGAGAAGAUGUGACCCUCUUGUGGGGACCAUUGAACCUAGUAUGUACCUGGGACGCCUUGAAUGGGACUCCGACGUGGAACCAACUCACAUCAGACCUUACGCUCAAGAGGCACUGGCUAAUCUCAUUGCUGUCCAUGCAGAGGUUACGAGAGUGUCUCCUGGCCUCUUAAAACGAGUUCUGUCCCACAUUGUCGAGACGAUAGCGGAGGAACUGGCAAGACUGAUGUCUUGUGUGAGGAAAUUCGGGCCUUCUGGAAUUAUUCAAGCCCGAGCUGACAUCACAUUGUUGAGGAAUGCUCUGUUAAUUUAUAGCACACCUCGAGCAAGCACGUUCUUCGAAGAAGCUCUAGACGCUGUUCCACCAACCAAAAACGCAACUGACGCCUCUCGCAUCGAGGCCCUGCUCAGUAAAGUGACUUCAUCCAUGCAAUUACAAAUUCGCUGUCUUGCCGAGAGACCAAAAUCAGCACAAAUUAGCCAAAACGAGGAUCCCAAUAGAACAACAGUUGUUUAACAAAUAAAGAAACCAGUUGAAUUUAAA